GGGUCUGAAGGACGAAGAUGGCACUUUGGAGGACCAGAAAGUAACUGAAUUGAAGGACAAGCUGCCUGACCAAAUCCAUUCCCCGAAAGAGGAAUCUGUUGUUCGGAUGACCAAAUACCACGUACCUCAAGGAGCAGGGGAUAUAGUCAUGAUUCAGUCGGAUCACACGGGUGCUGUGGAUAUCCUUUCAGCUGAGCUGGAGACUGCAGACCUCCUGGGGGAGCAGAGGAAAGCUCAGCCUCCUCCUCUGGCUCCACCCACGACCUGGACCACUGAGAAGAUGAAGGAAUUCAAAGCCAGGAUGGGAAAGGAGAAGAAUGGCCGGAUGGUGGUGAAGCGAGGCGAGGUAGUGACAGUCCAUGUGCCAACCCAUCCUGAUGGGAAACGUGUCUGCUGGGAGUUUGCCACAGAUGACUACGACAUUGGAUUUGGAGUCUACUUUGAUUGGACUACAGUGACUACCACUGCCAUUACUGUUCAGGUCAGCGAAUCCAGUGAUGAAGAGGAUGAAGAGGAGGAGGAGGAAAUUGAAGGACUCGCCCCUGUUGGGGAUGUGGAAAGGGGCUCCAAAAGCUGCGUGCGGAGCCGCUACGGGGAGAUCAUGCCCGUGUAUCGGAGAGACAGCCAUCGGGAGGUGCAGGCAGGCAGCCACGACUACCCCGGCGAAGGCAUCUACCUCCUCAAGUUUGAUAACUCCUACUCUCUCCUCCGCAAUAAAACUCUGUUCUUUCACGUUUAUUACACCAGCUGAAGGGACGGAGGGGCAGGGACAGCAGGCAAGUACCGGUGAGUGUAGCAGGCUGCCAGCCACCCUGGGCCUCCCUGAUGGGCACUGCUGUGUUACAGAGUCAAGACACGACUCUGCCAGCUCUUCAGAUACAGACUGGCUUUCCCCCCAACCCUCCUUCCCAGCUGACCCACUGAAGAAGAUAAUUGUGACUGCCUGACUGUCCACAGGCAGCUGCUCUUUUGAUAAAACCUCAGGAGACCU